AUGCCCAGUAAAAAUAAAGGCACCACUUUCAUCCAGGACGAAUACGAGGCAGAACAGGACGCAAGCAGGGAGGAGCACGUGGCAGGCGGACAGGAGGGCAGGCCUGAGAUCGUCCCAGUCCUCCAGAAUGUGGUUGCGACUGUGAAUUUGAACUGCAAGCUCGAUCUGAAGAGCAUUGCUCUCCAUGCCAGAAAUGCGGAAUACAACCCAAAGAGGUUUGCGGCCGUGAUAAUGCGAAUACGCGAGCCAAAGACGACUGCGCUGAUCUUCGCGUCUGGGAAGAUGGUGGUGACUGGCGCAAAGAGCGAGAAGGCGUCGCAGGUGGCGUCGCAGCGCUACGCCAAGAUCAUCCAGAAGCUCGGCUUCUCCGUCUUCUUCGACUCGUUCAAGAUCCAGAACAUCGUCUCGAGCUGCGACCUGAAGUUUGCGAUCAAGCUCGAGGGCCUCGCCUACGCCCACUCGAACUACUGCUCCUACGAGCCAGAGCUGUUUCCUGGGCUGAUCUACCGAAUGGUGAAGCCUAAGAUUGUUCUACUGAUAUUCGUUAGUGGGAAGAUUGUGCUGACUGGGGCCAAGCAGCGUGAGGACAUCUUCGAGGCAUUCGAGAACAUCUACCCCGUUCUAAGCCAGUACAGAAAGCUGUGA